AUGGAGUCUGUACAGAGAUUAUUCUACCGAGCGAAGAAUGAUACAGAUCAUGACAUCGAAACUGGAAGUGUAAAGGAAGUGGAGAAAAUCGAGGAUAUACCGGCAGGCUAUCCCCGAUUUUCCACAUUCAUGAGCUCGCACCCAUCUUUCCAAGUCUAUCGGAGAUUUUCAUCCCUCCGAACACGGGAUCUUCUCAUCAAACAAGACCGACUGGCUGUCCUAGAAGAAAAGCUUAACGAUCUCGACCGGAACGAAGAGACUCUAUCCUUUCUAGCUAGUUGCCGCCGUGAUCGGAAUGUGGAGCGACAGAAGGUUCUGUCUGCUAUUGAUGUGGCUUUGCGUGAAUAUGAUGCAACUAUAAAAAGAAACACCGAAAUACUGAAACUAGAGGAAGCAAGAGCCCGUCCAGCUUUAGCACUACAGAACUGGAUCGCUGGGAAUCCAUGUAUAGCUCGCAGCGAGACAGGAUUUCUACAACACGAAGAUGACUUGAUGACUUUGUUCUCAUCGGAAGAUGGAACGACAAUGUACCUGGAAGGGUGGGUGGAAGACAAACUUAUCAGAUUAUUUAGCAGAUCAUACAAGGCAAUGUUAACUGGUACACUAAUAAAUGCCAAGAGCCGAUGUGAAGCAUUAUCUAGGGACCCCAUGGUCUACAUACCCCGAGAUAGCCUCGUGGUCCACAUUGCCCGAGGACUUUUAGGCCUGUUAGCCAUUAUAUUUAUCAUAGGGCCAGUAAUUGCGUGCAACUAUCUCGAGAGCAUGCUGUCGCGGUUGAUAGUGAUUACGGCUUCGACUACGUUAUUUAUCGGCUUUCUGCUGAUUGGGACUCGUGCGAAGACUGUUGAGGUGCUUGUGGCUGGUGCGGCGUAUGCAACGGUUUUGACAGUUUUCAUUACUCAACAGUGA